AUGAGCCUCACUAGUGGCAGCAUCGUCACUACAACAACAUCGUCCCCAACAACACCCAACUCCUCCUCCUCCGCCUCCUCGACCAAAGGCAACGGCAACACCCAGGCCUGCGCAGCCUGCAAGUACCAACGCCGCAAGUGCGCCCCCGACUGCAUUCUCGCCCCUUACUUCCCUCACGACCGCCAGCGCCAGUUCCUCAACGCCCACAAGCUCUUCGGUGUCAGCAACAUCACCAAGAUCAUCAAACCCCUCACUCAACACCAAAAGGAGGAGGCCAUGCGCACCAUCAUUUUCCAAUCCGACGUCCGCGCGUCCGACCCCGUUGGGGGUUGCUACCGCAUCAUCCACGAGCUUCAACGUCUCAUCGAGUACAACAAGGCCGAGCUCGACAUCGUCCUUCACCAACUCGCCAUCUGCCGAGCACAGGCUCAGCAGCACCAACAACAGCAGCCCAUAAUACAGCAGAUUCCGGAGGCCGGAGACACUACCUGCUCUGAUCAGAUGAUUAGUGUCGACCCUUUGAGCCUGUACGGAAACCCUUUACAUUUUCAUUAUCUUCAGCCGCAGACGCACAAUGUGCAAGUUACUGGGCAGCAGGAUCAGGGUGCCCCUUACGUGUAUAUGCAAGAUACGAAUGGGAACGGGCAGCAGCAUUUGGUACCGGAGGAUAUGAACAUGUGGGCUAUGCAGGACUCGAUGUCGUCGUUGCACAUUAAGCAUGGGAUGAAUGCCGGUGACUGUGAAGAUAUCAAGCCUUUUGUUGGCAUUCCUUGUGAUGAUAAUCAAAGGAAUCAUGAGAUCAAGUUUCAGCCUAAUGCAAUUGGUGACCAGAGUGAUGAUGUAUUGUUGAAGAUAGACAAUGGCAAUUUAAAAGAAGAACAGCAGAGUGAGCCAGUUAUCCAACGAGUCCAUCAUCUUCAGGAUCAUGGUGAUCUGAAAGGUGAAGCUAGUUUGUUCAUGACCCUCACAAAUUGUAGCAGUUGA